CUACAUACAUUCAAAUAUUCCAUACAGCAUUACUUCAUUACUGAUAUUUCCCGAAUUCCUUAUUCACGUGAUUUUUGCAGUUGCUUUCACCUUUUACUCAAGCUACUCUCUUAAUCUCCGUUUCCACCUUCCGUAACAAUAUAUACUCUAAAAUGUAAAAAAAUGUGAACUUGUAUCUCAUUUACACCAUUACCCCUACCUUAAAUUGCUAGAUCCACCCAUAUAUGAAGUACAAGUUCAACCCAAUUGUUUAAAACAACCAAAGAAAAAAAAUUGUAGGACCAAAUGACAGUCCAAAAUUCUUAAACACCCCCCUUAAAUAGUUAAAUGAACAUAAAUACAAUUCUGAAUUCUGAAAUCAAUUAAAUCGAAUUAAUAUAUUGAAUCUCAUCAUCCCAUUCAUUCCACAUUUCCACACAUUUCUCUGUGAUUGAUUUACACGCUGCUGACGAGUGGUGGCUGAGAACUGAGAAGCUGUUACUUUAUAAAAAAAAAAAAAAAAAAAAAAAAAAAAAAAAAAAAAAAAAAACAAAAAAAACUGGGCACUUCACAUUUAACACCAAACCAUAUAGUUUACUUUAAAUUUUUUUUUAAUAGAAACUGUCAAAUAAUUUAGGAAAAUAAAAAUGAGAGAAAAAAAGUAUGAAGGAGAAAAUUAGUAGGAAGAAGAAGAGAAGAGGAGAGAGAAAAUGGUGGAUGAAGUGCCAGGAUCACUGGGUACCAGCGCAAGUUUAGCUCUUCGAUUGGGUCAAAUUAUGUUUUCCUCUGCUUCCCUCUUUUUCAUGUGCCUUGAUGUUGAUUUCUAUGCAUAUACUGCUUUUUGCUUCUUAGUAACGGUCAUGGGUUUGGUGAUUCCGUGGAGUAUGACAUUGGGGCUAGUUGAUGCAUAUUCUGUCUUUAUUAAGAGGCCUUCGCGUCAACCUGGAGUAAUGACUGUAAUUGUUGUAGGAGAUUGGGUUUUGUCAUUCCUUUCGCUAGGAGCAGCUUGCUCAUCUGCAAGUGUUGCACAAAUAAUGAUUGCUGAAAGCAUUCCGGCGUGUCCUGUGAAAAUCUGCAGUAGAUAUUCUCUUUCUGCUGCCAUGGCUUUCUUGUCUUGCUCUAUAUCUUUUGCACCAUCUCUCUUAAACUUGUGGAUCCUUCCUAAAUUAUGAGUAGUUAAUUGUAUAUAAUCCGUAAUACAAAGUAGUUUUUUUGGUGCUAAAUUAUACAAAUAGAAAUGUUUAAAGAGAAAGAAAGAAGAUGGCUACCAAAAUUCAUGGUGGUAUAGGCUUCUUAGCAUGAUUGUGUCUUGUAUACUGUACAGACAUUUAGAUUGAAAUUACAAUUAUUCUUAUAAAUUUGAAUUUUUUUUACU